AUGAUUUGUUUUAUGGACAGUUAUAUUAUUUCCAGUCCAAAUGAGGUAGUGCCUAAUGUCACCGGGAGCGAGUUGGUAGGGGGGCCUGAGAUCUUGAGAAUGGAUCAAGGAAAUCCUGAUGCUCCGCCAGCCAUUCCUCAUGCUGAACAGGCUAUGGGGGAUCUGGAUCUAGCCUUGCGAUUGGGGCCGCCGAGCCCAACAAAAGAGGCUCUCGAAAGAGAGCUUUCGACCUUUCUUUCUUCCUUUGGAAAUAGGGAAGUUAGAAGGGAUGUCUUGGAAGGGACAAUAAGGAAACUCGACUUGAACAGCGCGUCCCCAGAAAAGCUUUUUUUUGAGGAUCCGACAACUUAUGCAGGAACUUUCCAACAGACCGGUUGCUGCUUCCACAGCUAA